CUAAGAGCAGACAGGUGACACGAACUGGCUCAGUUUUCCAUACAAUGCCGACCAGGACAACCCCAUCCACACUGCUCUGAGAGACACCGUCACUCCACUGGCACGUGGCCUCCUCCUGUCCCUUCUCUGGCUCUAUAAACCUCUACAGUAAUGAACUGGUCUGCAUUGGAGGCCCUCAUCAGUGGGGUCAACAAGUACUCCACAGUCUUUGGGCGAGUGUGGCUGUCUAUGGUUUUCGUCUUCAGAGUGAUGGUGUUUGUGGUAGCGGCUCAGAGGGUAUGGGGGGAUGAGAGCAAAGACUUUGUGUGUAAUACUGCACAGCCUGGGUGUAACAACGUGUGCUAUGACCACAUCUUCCCCAUCUCCCACAUCCGCCUGUGGGCUCUGCAGCUCAUCUUCGUCACCUGCCCGUCCCUACUGGUGGUGGGACAUGUGAAAUACAGGGAGAAGAAGGACAUGCAGUAUACACAGUCACACAAAGGAGGACAUCUGUAUGCAAACCCUGGGAAGAAACGAGGAGGGCUGUGGUGGACCUAUCUGGUAAGCCUGGUGUUCAAAGCGGGCUUUGACGCUGGCUUCCUCUACAUACUCUACCACAUUUAUGAGGGCUACGACAUGCCACGCCUGUCUAAGUGCUCGCUGGAUCCGUGUCCCAACACUGUGGACUGCUUCAUCUCCCGGCCCACUGAAAAGAAGAUCUUCACUCUAUUUAUGGUGGUGUCCUCUGCUAUCUGUAUCUUUAUGUGCAUUUGUGAGAUGGUUUACCUGAUCUUCAAACGUAUUGUGAAGUUAAUUAAGAGGAAGCAAGAGGCAGAGGCAAAGCUGUUUGCUGAAAACCACGAGUUGAAACCACUGGCACCUCCCAAGUCUGAGUUUAUGUCCAAAACUUCAAUCCAACGAGUGGAUCCAACUGUGUCCAUUCACACCCUUAAUAAUAUCGAGGAACAGACUGCAAAUCUGAAAAAUACACAGAAAGACUAAUGCACAUGACUUAUGCUGCACUUAUACAAGCAAAUGCUCAGUGUUCCUGUCUGUGGCAGGAAUUGAUGUUUCAGGUACUUUUGAAAUAAAUGUUGUAUUUAAUAUGUAAUUUUAUAUUUAUAUUCAUGUAUGGGAAGGUUUCCUUAUGUGCACGAAUUUGCUAGUGUAGCUUACAAAGAAUUUUGUAUUUAAAUUUGUUUUUAUUUUUUUUGUAAAACAAAUGCACUUGUCGUAGAUCCUUUACUUAGCACUUAGCAUAGAGCAAGCCCUAGCAAUUUUUAUGCAAACUGUGUGUCUCUUCGUAGGCUGUCUGAUGUCAAUACAGGUGUGGAAAAUGUAUAUGGUGCCAAAUAAAACUGCUGCACAAGAGAA